AUGGCGACCACCGAAGACUCAAUAGAAAUUCUUCUCAAUCGAGCAACAGAUCCUUCUAUGAAAGAAGAGGACUGGGAUAAGAUAACAGCAUUUUGUGAUAAAGUGAAUGCAGAACUGGAGGGUCCAUUGUUGUCAACAAGGCUUCUUGCCCAUAAAAUACAGUCACCACAAGAGAAAGAGGCACUCUUUGCACUUACUACCUUGGAAGCCUGCGUGAAGAACUGUGGGAGAUACUUUCAUCAGGAAAUUGGAAAAUUCCGUUUUCUUAAUGAACUUAUCAAAGUUGUAUCUCCUAAGUAUCUUGGAAAUCGAACAUCCGAAAAGGUGAAAAAGAGGUGUGUUGAGAUCAUGUACAGCUGGUAUAAGGGACUCAGCCAUGAGCCUAAGAUUGGGGAAGCUUAUAAGAUGCUUAAGUCUCAGGGUAUAGUCAAAGAAGACCCAGUUUACAUGGAUAAAACUUUUAGCAUGUUUCCUCCACCAAAACCAAGGAAGGCUGAUUUUGAAGAUGAUGAAAAAGCGAAGACUCUAGAGCGCCUGCUGAGAAGUAAAAACCCUGAAGAUCUGCAAGCAGCAAACAGGCUGAUCAAAAACAUGGUUAAAGAGGAUAUGGAGAGAACAGAAAAGAGGUCCAGGCGUAUCAAUGAGUUAGAGUCAAUCAGGAAUCAAGUCAAGCUUCUGACUGAAAUGAUCAACCAGCACACAAGUUCUGCCUCAUCUAAGGAUGAGCAAGAGAUGAUGAAGGAGUUGUUUGACAACCUGGAGAAGCAAAGACCCAACCUGUUCAGAUUAGCCAGUGAUACAGAUGAGAAUGACAAUGAUGGAAUAAAUGAUAUUCUCAAAGCUAAUGACUCUGUGACACGUGUCAUGACCUUGUAUAAAGAGAAAGUUGUGGGAGAAAAACCUGCAGGUGAUUACACUCCUGGAGCUAAAGACUCGUCUCUUCUGGAUCUUGGCUCGGACUCAGUGAGACCAACACCCAGUGCUGCAAGUACAGCAGCAACUUCAUCUGCUGCUUUGUUAGACAAUGAUUUUAAAUCACUAGGUUUGGAUGACAUGAAUGAUCUCGGUAGCAUAUUCAACAAUAUCCCAUCUCAACAGCCUCAGCAGAUGUCUGCCUUGAAUACUCAGCAAGCAGUGAUGUCAGCAUUUAUGGGCAUGCAAGCUUCACCUCCACACAACUUCCCUUUGCAGACAGGAUUUAACGGUUCCCCCAUGAUUCAGCCGCAAGCGGCAAGGACAGCACCAUUCUCAGUGGGCCCUCCUGCAUACAGUGCUAUCUCUCACAAUGUGAAAUCAGCAACCAGUGGAACUUCUGGUUCAGAUCCAGCAGUCAGCGUCUUUGGACAGACUCCGGUGAAGAGUGCAUCUGUAUCAAACUCCACUCUGGCAGACUUGGACAUCCUCGACAGAUCUCUGCAAGACUAUAAACUCAGCAAGGAGACCUUCCCUGUCAAAACAGUCCCUGCCAAGUUGCCAUUGAACCAGCUAGCUGCUAACAAAGCAGCCGCAACAUCCCAAGCUGCUGCUGUAGCAUCAUCAGCCCAGUCUAGUCACAUCAAUACCAGCCACACAGACCUGGGUCCAGGAAUGAUCCUCCAACCACAGCCAGCUGCCACAAACCAGUCUGCUGUUGACAGUGAUUUCUCUCCACUAGUUAGUGCCGCACCGGAGCCUGUACCCGAGUUAUUACCUCUCACAGAUAUCUUUGUUUCUUUAGAACAGAUACAGCCAGCACCCAACAUUCCUUCGGUAACGGCAUAUGAGAAAAACAACUUGAAAGUUAUGGUUCACUUUGCUAAGGAUCGACCCCGGGCAGAUGUUGUCACAAUGGUUGUAUCUACCAUAUCCACCAACACCAGUCCCAUCACUGGUUUCAUUUUUCAAGCAGCUGUUCCAAAGAUCAUGAAAGUGAAGCUGCAACCGGCAUCCGCGUCUGACUUCCCUGGUUUCAACCCCAUCUUGCCACCUGCUGCAAUCACACAGGUCAUGCAUGUUGCAAAUCCUCGCAAGGAGAAAGUCAGAUUGAAGUACAAGCUGUCAUAUACUCUGAACGGAGAAUCCAUUUCUGAUGUUGGUGAUAUAGACGGGAUUCCGAUACAGUGA